UAUGUAUGUACAUGACGUAUAAACAAUUAGCAACGUUUGUUUAGAGGCUCUUAUUUUUUUUCUCAGUCUUGUAAUUUUUUAUCGCAGUGGAUACAACUGUGUGCAAAAUAAUGUGCGUUCAUCUAGUUUGGUGUUGCAAGUUGCCGGAAGUUAUUGAUUUUUACUGAGGAAUGAUAUUUGAGACUUUGGUGUUCCGUCGUUCUGAUAUGGAUCGUUUUUGUUGAAUUAAAAUCAUCGAGACUUAGCAUGGAAAACUACGAAGUGUUGCAUGAUAUCGGAGCAGGAGCGUUUGGUCAGGUUUUCAAAGCUAAGAGGCGAGUCAAUGGGGAAACCGUUGCUUACAAAGUUGUGAGGAAGACUGGCAGGUCGCCCGAAGAGUUGGUGAGCUUCAGAAAAGAAUGUGAGAUUCAAAGAUGCCUGUGCCAUCCCAACAUUGUCAAGAUGUUGGAUUCUUUUGAGACUGAGAGUCAGAUCGUUGUUGUCAGUGAAUACGCAGAAAAGUCAUUGGAUGAGCUUCUUGUUGAGCAUAGAAAGUUGUCUGAAGAAAGGGCACAAGUAAUUGCUUGUGAUCUAGUGUCGGCGUUGUAUUAUUUGCAUUCAAAUAGAGUAUUACACAGGGAUUUAAAACCACAGAAUAUACUACUUGAUGCUCAUGGGAUAGCAAAAUUAUGUGACUUUGGUUUUGCAUGUGUUAUGGGUAAAGAAACAGAUGUUUUAACAUCAAUUAAAGGAACUCCUCUUUACAUGGCUCCAGAGCUCAUCGAAGAGUAUCCUUAUGAUCACAAUGCUGACUUAUGGUCUCUUGGGUGUAUCAUUUAUGAACUAGUGAUGGGUUUUCCCCCUUUUGCCACUGCCUCGAUAGUACAUCUUAUUCAUCUUAUUAGACACGAGUCAAUUAAAUGGCCAGAUUGUAUUUCUUCCAGUUGCCAAACAUUUCUUCAAGGGUUGCUACAAAAAGAUUGUUCACAGAGACUCACCUGGCCAAACCUUUUAAAGCACCCUUUUGUUAAGAAUCGCAUACUGAUAGUUGAAGAGAACAUGCCGGUUUUAAUGAAGAAACUCUUUUCUGCUACUCAUUACGGUGCAAACAGCUUACAAGAUAAAAAUUUUGAUAAGACUGAUUCUCAAAUCUAUACAAACGACAUUAUGUCCGAUGGCAAUUCAAGCAAUUCUAAUGUUAAAGCCAACAACAAUGCAUUAUACGUGAAUCAAAUAGACGUAUUUGAUUUAAAAUCGCAGUUUAACAACGAUGAAUUAUACGCAAACUUUCCGAUUGAAGACAAGCAAGAAACUAACAUUUACGAGAACACAACGUUAUUCGACUUUGUCGAAGAGCAUCCAAUAGAAAAUGACGAAUGGAUUGCUUUUUUGCAGAAUUCCAUGGAAGAAAUAAUGGAGGGAGAAAUAAAUUCUCUCUUGCAAGAGAACUGCGUGUCGGUUUUCAUCUCACCCUUGAAAAAUACAGCUGCCAGCUGUCGCGUGACCCAAUACAUUUCCAGCCUUCUGUCCUUGCCUUUUGUAGUGCCCUUGAAAAACAAAGAUAUGGAAAAUAUCCUCAAGACAUACGUUGAUACCUCUGUCGUGCCUAAUCUAAUAUAUGCCUUGCUAAACUUAUUUGUAAGCAACGAAAGUAAGCAAGAACAUUCUUUGAAAUCGCCGAAAAAGUCAGAAUCCAAUAUUGGCCUUUCGAUAGAUCAAUUGCAAGCCUUAGAAUCCAUGAUAGUGCUCAUGAGUAGACUUGUUUACACGAAGGAUGAAUUUGUUAAACAAUUUUGUGAUACGAUUCAAGUUAAGGAUAGAGUAAGAAUAUUUUAUACCAUUCUACAUCUAGAAAAAAAGAAAUCCAGAAUAAUUGCGAAUUUAAUCGCGAUUUUCAUAAGACUUAUCCGUACGGGCAUCGAAAACAUGAAAGUUGUUGAAAAAGUCUUGUUGGAAUAUCAACCAAAAGAUCUUUUUACUUUUUUAAUGAGCCAUCAAAAAAGUGCACUGCGAUCAAGAACGUGUGUUUUAGUUUACCUAUUGGGAGUUAAUUACAGCAAAGUAUUACGACGCAUUUGGGGACAAUCUUUGAGAGAUGCUAUUGAAGCUCUACUUAAUGAUAGCAACGAUUUGGUUAAAAAGACUGCAGAAGAAGUUAUUGUAGAAUUAAGACAAUUAUAUUACUUUGAUCAAGAAACUGAAUCUAGUUAAAUGCAAAAACAAAAUUAAAGUGAUAUUGACGCAAUAUAUUGAUGGACUAUUAUAAGGAUAUCAUAAUAAAAGUGGAAUAUAUCGGAAAUCAUGUAAAAGUGUAUUUAAAACCGUUUUAUUUCCUAAUUUAUUUAUAUUUAAUCUAAGCAUU